GUGGAGAAAAGUAGUGAGGAGGCGUUAGUCAAAACAAACAGGAAGAAACCAGGAAAACACUCCGAAGAGACGGACACUGCAGGCCGUCAAACCGCUGAAAAAACUGUUUUAUAUAUAUAUCAUUUUUUUUAUUUUUCAAAUGACAUUUCCUCCGUGGCGUGAGGGCGGUUUCUGGUGAACUCCAGUCCGCAUAGAGAGCACUGUUUCGGGGCUGACGCACCAGCAGGAGGGCGGGGGCUGUCUCUAAGCUAAGCUAAGCUAAGCUAGGCUAGUUAGCACGCUAGGCUAACAGCCUCAGCCCCCAGAAAAAUAACCCUUAACUUGGGAGAAACUUUAUUAAGAAUGAAUCGUUUAAUAUCGACUUUAACGGAAUAUUAUGAUGAGAUAAAAAGAACACGUUUUUAGUUUGAAACAAAGGAAAAAAUAAGCCUGGCAGUGUUAGCAGUGCUAGUUAGCUAAUUAGCUCCUAUUAGCGUUUGUCAAAACAUCCACUGACAGCAGAGGGAGGAAUCAAAAUAACUCAUAUUUUUAUACACACACAAACUUAUUAGACAUCUAUUAUGAUAAUAUGAUGUAGCAUUAAGUUAUGUGGGGCUAAAAGCUGUUAACACGCCUGUUGAUGGUGUCUUUAAUGUCUGUUUCUGGCGGAGUGUUUUUGUGUUUCUGGGGCUGAGCUCAACUUUUUAAUUUAUUCGUGCGGUCGGUAAGGUGUUGUUAGCAUGGAGGCUCUGGAGCCUGGCAGCGGCAACAGCAGCAGCUCUCUGCGGUUACAUAACGCCAGCAGGUUGGGGAAGAAGCUGAUGAACGUCGCCUCCUCCUCAGCCUGGCUCUGACAGCUGUAAACAGACAGACCCCCCAUCACACAGACAGACAGUCUGAGACAGAUAAACAACAACAAGAACACAGCAGCAUGCAGGAGGUCUGAGUCUGCUGCUGGGAGACAAUCUGCAAGAGAGAUACAACAUUUCACUGAAGAUGGAUUCAAACCCGCUGAUAAACGCGAUGGACCCGUCCAUCACGCUGUGGCAGUUCCUGCUCCACCUGCUGGAGGACCAGCGGCAGCGUCACCUGAUCUCCUGGACAAGUGAGGACGGAGAGUUCAAGCUGCUGGACGCCGAGGAGGUGGCGCGACUCUGGGGUCUCCGCAAGAACAAAAAUAACAUGACUUACGACAAGCUGAGCAGAGCGCUGAGAUACUACUACGACAAGAAUAUCAUAAAGAAGGUGAGCGGUCAGAAGUUUGUCUAUAAGUUUGUGAGUCAGCCCGACCCCUCCCUGGCUGAAGGGCUUCAUAACGGAGAGGAAGGCCAGAGGAGGGACAUCUCUGACCCUAACGGCCAAUCAAUAGGCCUCGGGGGCGGGACCUCCACCUGUCCGUCAAAGAGCUUACCCCAGCGCUCGUCACCCGGCGGCUCUCAGAAAAGUUCCCGUAACGACUACAUGAAGUCCGGCCUCUACUCCACCUUCACCAUCCAAUCACUGCAGACCUCGCCCAACCCACAGCCAAUCAAAACAGAGCUGCUAAUACAACACGACGCCGCCGCCAUGUUCGAUCUAAGAGAGGUCUGUGUGAUAUCAGAGUCUCCUCCGUCAGUAGGAGGUUCGAUGGACUCGGCUCUGCAGGUGAUCGUCACUCAGCCGUCUCCGUGUGCCACUCCGGCUCUCAGCCCGCAGAUACCCACAAACGCCACCAGCCAAUCACAGAUUCCUCCGCCUCCCGCUCUAAACGACCCUCCUCAGAUUUAUCUCACCAGUGUUGGGGAUCCUUCCUCUCUCACCCCAAUUAUCCCCAUCGGAGGGUCCAGUCCUGUGCCCCCCCCUCACAUAUCAAUGGCUCCUCAGAUGCAGGAAGAGUGUCAGGGAGUCACCGAUAAUGCCAGCUACCCUCCUCACCCCCAAACUGCUCCUCACCCGAAUCAUCAGCCUGUUUUUGCCAUCAUCAAACCCCUUCCCACACAGCAAAUUCAGCAUCAGGCGGCCAUGACGGCUUCUCCUCUCUCCGUCGCUCCUCUUCCUCCAUCUUCUGUCCGUCCUCUUCCUCUUUCUCCUUCUUCUGUCCGUCCUCCUCCUCCUCCUCCCAUCGUCAUCAAGGAGGAGAACCUGCUGUCGGAGGAGGAGGAGCUGCUGAAGAUGGUGUCUCUGGAGGAGAAGCAGGUCCCUCACCUGAUCUGUGGCUCAGGGGAACCAGAGCCCCCCAUCACCAUCGUGGAGAGCCCGUCCCCCCCCUGCAUGGAGCCGGGGGUCGGAGGUCAGCAGCCUGCAGGCGAGGGCAAGGACUCGCUGACAGGUCCCUCCGCCCCCCCGGUGACCCCCUUCUCAGCGAUGACUCCUCAUGUGACUUCAGACGCUGUUCCUCCAAAACCAAAGAAGCCCCGAGGCCUCGAGCUGCCCUCCUCCCCAUCCCUCCCCCCCGGCCUCUCCCUGGAUAAGGUCAACGCAGCUGUUAACAGUUUAUUGGCUCCUGGAUCUGCGACCAACACACUCACCCCGUCUGUCAUCACCUCACACUGUCUGACUCCGGUCCUGUUGACUCCCAGUCCUCUCCCCUCCACCAUCCACUUCUGGAGCACCCUGAGCCCCUACGCUCCUCGCUCUCCGGCCAAACUCUCCUUCCAGUUCCCCACUAACGGCAGUAAUCAUAUCCACAUCCCGGCUCUCAGUGUGGACGGCCUCUCCACUCCUGUGGUUCUUUCCCCCGGACCCCAGAAGCCCUGAGUCUCCUCCCCGCUCACAGAGCUCCUCACUGGGCUCACAACUCACCUCGCCUCCCCGAAGGAGAUCUGGACCUCCAGUGAAAACCAGGAACCACGUAGUGUUUGGGCGCUUCACUGGUAAGACUGGGAGAUGCAGAUUUUAGUCAAUGGGGAUGUUUCACUCGAAUACUCUGGAGAAAUCAUCGUCAGGAGUCCCAGAGAUUUAAAAACCCCUGUUCUGAGAUUAUAUUUAAAGGUGCAGAGAGCAGGAUGUCUGGGCUUCAUCCUCCUUUGACUCUCAUGUCUGUCAGAGGUUUUAUUAGCCAUGAUAGAUUGGAGACACGGGGAAUAACGGGACACUUGAACGCAACUUGAGAAGACGGACGAGGUGGAGGGAUCUAUUUUUUCUACUUCUAACGGGGCUGCAACCACCGACGGUACUUACGGAUAUUUUGAAUGGAUGUAACCGUUGUUUUCUGUAAAACAUAACGGAGAAAAGCGGCAAACUGGAACCAGAGUUUUUACUGGAGAAACUUUGAUUUAAUAUAGAUUAUUAAACCUGAAGGCCUGUCAGACGUUUUUAAAAGAACCAGAACUUGAACUCAAGGAAACUUCUGGAUUUUCCUCAAAAAUCGUCCUUUUCGGGGCUCUUUAUCGUCUGUUUCUUUUAUAAAAAGUGCUUAUUUAUUCCUGUUUACGCCCUAUCUCUGCAGGGCGAGCUUGAUUUGAUGACUUUUAUUCCUGUUGGAUCGUUCAUUUUAUAAACCCCCCCCCCCUCCGCUGGAUUUAUCAGACUUGUCAGGACGCUUUAGGGGAUUUUGCUUCGCUCUUAUUGGCCGCUUUUUUAACGGCCACGCCUUUUUCUCCAGUUAUGCAUGGCCUGUUAUUGGCUGAACUACUCCACAUGACUUUUGAACGGACCAAUCACAGAAGAGGUAUGAUGAUGGACCUGAGCUACACAAAGCCAAGUUAUUUCUCUAUCAAAGUCUCUCUAAAUGUGACAGAUUGUAUAUUUUCUAAAAGAGUCUUUGACGAAGACGAACUGAAGUGACUCGAGCACGACGAGAGUUUUAUUUGUCACAUUCCUCGGGCUUUAACGCGCUGAUAGGUGUUUGUUUUAGUGAUAAAUUACCGCUAAUCAUUUUAAUUUCAGCGUUCAUUCCAGACGUAAGCAGAUCUUUGUUGAGCAGCUUCUAACUAUGAAUGUUUUUUUCUGCGUAUUGAUCCUAAAAGCCUCGGAUCCUUGGUGUUGUACCGAUGCAGUGAUGUUGCCACAGGUUUUUAAUCACAUCAGUUUUUAGCACAAAUAAUGGUCCAGUUUUGUAGGAUUUGACGGGUUUAUCGGCACAAAAGUUAUAUAAUGAUCAUAACUGAUGUUCUCAUUAAGGUGUAGUCACAAAAAAAUGGAAGAAUCGUGUUUUUGUUAGGUGGAAAUGAGCCCUUCGUAACUAUAGAAAACAUGAGUCUGCCAUGUAUCUACAGAAGCCCAGAAGGGACAAACCAAACUUUUGUCAGCUUGGGUUUAGUGUCCUGUGAAUGCACCAGAAGAUGAAGAAAAUAAGAGGACUACAUUUUUGUUUUGUGGCUCCGUGAAGGUUAUACUCAAAUCCUCUGAGAUGCACAAUGUUUGAAAACUUGUGGCAACAUCAAAAUCUGCAGAAACAGACACGUUUUCUAGAGUAAACCUUAAGUUUUGUGUUCAAAGUAGGGCUGUACCGAAGAGUUGGAAACGUUAUUUUUGGCAUGUCUAUUUAUGGAGUUUGAAUCGAAUUUGUGCACACUGUCAGACAAAGAUUAGGGCUGCACAAAAGUGUUGUAAAGUCUUAAAGUUAACAUUUAAUAAUUUCUAAAAUGGUUUUUUAUCCAUAAGUAAAUCUAUAUUUGUUAAAAAACACAAUAUUCUUACUUUAAAAAUACUGUUUGCUAUCCCGCAUGCUGCAAACAAAGGGAGGCAACAGUUAUAUGCA